GUAAUGGUUGUUUAUCUCUGAUAUGAAGUAGAAAUAAUGCAGAGAGAUACAUUGUGUUUGUGUAAUGUGUAGUGCUACAAUGUUUAUGUAAGUGUGAGUUUUACAAACAUUAUGCAGUGGUGUGGUUUCGGUACGCUGUCUUUUAAAGCAUGUGUAACAUUUUGGAGUUGGACAUGAAUCAGAACCCCCUGAAGUAUAGACAGUGAUGUUGACAACAUUAUCAACAACAGCUAGGAGGUUGUCUAUGGUAAAAGUUUGCUUACAGUGUACCGUGGCUUUUCCAUUGUGUGCUGCUGUUGGUAAUGCUUCAUGCAAUGAAUCAUUGAAAGUCGACACAACUAAUAACUAGUCAUAUGUGGGAUGUCAAUUGGGAGACCUCUCUAAGAAUAUAUUUCUAGUAUGAGGGAAGAAAUUUCUUUCCUAUAAGAUGAUCAGCUAGUUGGAGUUUUCGCCUCGUUCACUUUGAGAGGUCCUAGGUCCCAGGGGCUGCAAAAGAUCUAGCAUCAGCAGUCAAAACAGCUCUAGCAUGCAGCAACAGGGGAAGCCACGGUUUCUUAGAUAUCAUCAAGGAAGUGUUCGUGGUGUUGCCUUCAGUCCCAGGGACCGCUACUUGUUUUGCUCUGGUGCCUGUGAUGGGAAAGUGAAUUUAUAUUCUGCAUUGCGUAUGGAGCUACUUAUGUGCUACCAGAUCACAACAAUGACAUUAGCUCGGAAUGUCAAUGCUGUCCGUUUCACCUCAGAUGGCUCCAGGAUCUUGGCUGCUACUACAGCUCGGCGGCUGGCUGUGGUGGAUGUAGAACGUGGUGAGCAGUUGGUUGCAUAUGACAAUUGUGCCUUCAGUGGACGUGAUCGCACAGGCCUAGCUGCAGAUCCAGCAUGUCCUCACAUGGCUGUUCUUGUCAAUGUUAAUGGAAGGGGCCUCACACUUCUUGACUUACGCAUGCCUCUUCCUUUGGAUUUUGUAUAUGAUUUACAUGGGAGUGUGGUGAGAGACCUUACAUUUCUGCAUACCUCUUGGCCAUGGGUGCGUGGCCAGCAAAGUGCCCUGGUGACUGCUGCUGCAGAGGGUACCAUCAAGGUGUCAACACUUGAUGGGCGAGUGCUACAUUCAUAUCAGGCAGGACACAGAGUGAAUUCUGUCAGUCCUACACCAGAACCUUUCAACCUUGCUGCUGAAGAUGGCUUUUACAGUGUGAUAAUGACAGGCGGCGAUGUGGUUUCUGCAUAUGUGCCUGAUGCAGGUAUUCAGGAAAUUUUAAAAGAACAUAAAGACCAACAAAUUUGGAAACUCAGGUACACUUCAAAUGGAAGCCAGUUAUUUACAGUCUGUGAAGGUGGCCUGGUGAGACGUUAUCGUCGUUACCCAGAUCAUCACGAGUUCCUAGGUGAAGUUUAUCAGCACAAGGGGGAUAUCCAAGACAUGGACAUUUCACCAUAUGAUGAAUAUUUAAUUACAGCAUCUAAGGACAGAUCAGUUGGUGUAUUGCGCCUGGGUGCUCCAAACCAUGGUUGGACAGAAUACAGUGAACUGACAUGAUAGUAAAUGCAUGUUGCCAGAUUGUUUUCAUACAUGUGCUACAAAACAGAACGUCUUUUGUGUGACUGUAGCAUAUAGACUUAAUGUUUGAAAAUUACUGGCAGUAUUUAGUGGUGAAUGAGGCUACCUCCUUUCAGAAGACAGGACUCUAGAGAAAGUGGAAUCAGUUGCCGGUCCAUGUCAAACAGCCAAUAUUAUCACAGAAAACUGGUUUUAUACAAAAUUUAUGAAGAUAGUGGCUUAGUGAAAAAGAAAUUUGUGACAUAGAAAUUGUCAAUUUUUUAGAGAGAAUUUUCUACUCAGAGACUGGUUAUACGGUGAUAGACAGUCUGUUACUGUGACACAGUAAUAGCACUCCAGUAACUUUUUUACUGGUUUUUCAUAUCUUUCAUUCAGUCUCAUGCAUAAUAUUAAAUAUUUAUACGUGGAACAAACAGCGUUGUACCUCAUUUUACGUACACUGUUUGAUACAGAGAAAUUUAUUAUAUUUUGUAGCUCAAUAUGCAAAUUCCUUAUCAUUGGUCUUUAGUAUCACAAGUUUUGUAUUUAAGAAAAUUGCGUGCAAUAUUUUCUCAUCAUUUGCUGCUAGUUUAUUGAUGCACUGACAUUUAAUCUCGUCAUCAUUUAUAUCAGGUUUUUAGUACCUAUUCAUAUGAAUUACCUAUUGUAUAAUGACUUGGCAUACAAGCACCUUCAGUGAUUUUAUGUGUAAUUUAUGUUGUUUUCUGUCCAUUGGGCGAAUGUGGAAGAAAAUUACAUUCCACAGUAUUUAUCAGAAUUUGUGUGUCUACUAAUUAAAGAGAGUUGUGUGUGUGUGUGUGUGUGUGUGUGUGUGUGUGUGUGUGUGUUUUAAUUGUCAGCUGUUGAUUAAUAAACUAUAACAUGGCUUAGUUAUUCCUUACUAAUUAAUAAUGCUAUUAUCUCCUUGUU